AUGACAAUCACAAUCACCGUGGAGAAGGAUGGAUACUAUGAGGUCAAUGGAGUCCAGCAAGAACCUACCGUUUCUCUUUAUGUAAUUCCAGCUGCGUCAAAGCUACGGCGCAUGCUGAAAGACACAAAAGAUUUGAUAGUAUGCCCCGGAGUUUAUGAUGGGCUCUCUGCUCGAAUUGCUAUAGAUGUGGGGUUUAAAGGCCUUUAUAUGACUGGUGCUGGAACAACUGCCUCGCGGUUGGGAAUGGCUGAUCUAGCACUGGCUCAGCUCCAUGAUAUGAAGACUAAUGCUGAAAUGAUUGCAAACCUUGAUCCGUUCGGCCCACCGUUGAUCGCGGAUAUGGAUACUGGCUACGGAGGGCCUCUGAUGGUAUCUAAGGCUGUUCAGCAGUAUAUUCAAGCUGGGGUGGCUGGAUUCCAUAUUGAAGACCAGAUUCAAAAUAAACGAUGUGGCCACCUGGCUGGUAAAAAGGUUGUUGGAUUGGAGGAAUAUCUCACUCGAAUCCGUGCGGCAAAGUUGACCAAGGAUCGGUUGCAUUCGGAUAUUGUUCUGAUAGCACGAACGGACGCGUUGCAACAGCAUGGAUACGAUGAAUGUAUUUGCCGUUUAAAAGCCGCACGAGACAUCGGUGCCGACGUGGGCCUACUUGAGGGGUUUACAUCAAAGGAGCAAGCACGUCAGGCCGUUCAAGAUCUAGCCCCAUGGCCUCUUCUUCUGAACAUGGUUGAGAAUGGAGCAUCCCCUAUCAUCACGACCCAGGAAGCUGAGGAAAUGGGAUUCCGAAUCAUGAUCUUUUCCUUUGCCACAAUUGCUCCUGCAUACCUUGGCAUAAGAUCGACGCUAUUACGUCUCAAGACCGAAGGUGUCGUUGGAACACCUGAAGGUCUUGGUCCUCGUAAAAUAUUCGAGGUUUGCGGGCUUAUGGAUUCUAUGAAGUUGGACACCGAGGCUGGGGGAGACGGAUUCACAGAAGGUGUUUAA